AUGAACAAUAUUUCGGACGAUGAUGUGCGCUUCGCAAUGCAAUUCUUCGACCGAAAAUUUCCGGCGAUCCGUCAGAUUUACACAUUCAGAUUUGAGGAGGCUAUGUCGGGCAAAUGGGAAACUAUGGAUCGGAAAAAUAAGAAGAAGAUCAUUGAUGAAUUGAAUUUGGAAAGAUAUAGCAUCUAUUCCGAAGUCAGCGAAGCACUUCAAAAAAUGAAUUUGAAUCGAGAAGGAAGAUGUUCAUUUCCAGAAGUUGAGGAGAUUCAGGAGGAAAAUCGAGAAAUUGAAGAAGAAAUCUGA